CAGGACUGGUAUUGCUGUCACUUGUAAAGCCAAAAAACCUGAGCUGAUGGCAGCAGAUGCUGCCGUUUCAGUUUCUUUUUGUCUAUUGAAAGUUUGUCCAGCAUUUUCAACUCUUUGUACUCUAAUUACAGAAUAUAUUUUCUGUAAGUCUUGAUCAAGCAAUACAAAUGUGCUGCAAUGGUGACAUAAACUAUUGACUGAGACUGGGAAAGCAGCUGAAACACCAUCUUUUCAUUUACCUGUUAUGGUACAUCAACUGGAAUAGUCAAGAAAAAAUAUACACAACAUGAGUUUUAUCAUGAAGCUUCACAGACAUUUUCAAAGGACAGUGAUUCUGCUUGCCACUUUUUGUGUGGUGAGCAUUAUUAUUUCUGCUUACUAUCUGUACAGUGGCUACAAACAGGAAAAUGAACUCUCUGAGAUGGUUUCAGAAGUAGACUGCAGUGACCUCCAACACCUACCCUAUCGGCUAAUGGAGGUGAAGACAACAAAGCUCUUUGAUGCCUCGAGGACAGAUCCCAUAGUCCUGGUGUUUGUAGAAAGCCAGUACUCAGCCCUUGGUCAAGACAUAGUUAUGAUUCUAGAAUCAAGCAGAUUCCAAUAUCACAUUGAAAUUGCUCCUGGAAAAGGAGAUCUCCCAGCACUUAUAGACAAAACUAAAGGCAAAUAUAUUCUCAUUAUUUAUGAGAAUAUUUUAAAGUAUAUAAACAUGGACUCUUGGAAUCGAAGCCUUCUAGAUAAAUACUGUGUAGAAUAUGGUGUGGGUGUUAUUGGAUUCCACAAAACUAGUGAGAAGAGUCUACAGAGCUUUCAGUUAAAAGGUUUCCCUUUUUCCAUAUAUGGAAACCUUGCAGUAAGAGAUUGUUGUAUUAAUUCUCAUUCUCCAUUGCUUCGUGUGACCAAGUCUUCAAAGGUCGAAAAAGGUUCUUUACCUGGAACUGACUGGACAGUUUUUCAGAUUAAUCACUCAGCUUACCAACCAGUAAUAUUUGCCAAAGUAAAGACACCAGAAAACUUUUCACCUCCCAUCUCUAAAGGUGCUUUUUAUGCCACUAUCAUACAUGACCUGGGGCUUCAUGAUGGAAUUCAGCGAGUUCUCUUUGGCAACAACUUAAACUUUUGGCUGCACAAGCUCAUCUUCGUAGAUGCCAUCUCCUUCUUGUCAAGGAAGAGACUGACACUGUCCUUGGACAGGUACAUCCUCGUGGAUAUUGAUGAUAUAUUUGUGGGGAAGGAGGGAACAAGAAUGAACACCAAUGAUGUUAAGGCCCUGCUUGAUACUCAGAAUCUUUUACGUGCACAAAUCACAAAUUUUACAUUCAACCUGGGAUUUUCAGGGAAAUUUUACCAUACAGGAACUGAAGAGGAAGAUGAAGGGGAUGACUGUCUGUUGGGAUCUGUGGAUGAGUUCUGGUGGUUUCCUCACAUGUGGAGUCAUAUGCAGCCCCACCUCUUUCAUAAUGAGUCAUCUUUGGUGGAGCAGAUGAUUCUCAACAAAAAGUUUGCCUUAGAGCAUGGCAUUCCUACUGACAUGGGCUAUGCAGUAGCCCCACACCAUUCAGGUGUCUACCCUGUACAUGUGCAGCUUUACGAAGCUUGGAAGAAAGUUUGGAAUAUUAAAAUCACCAGCACUGAAGAAUAUCCACAUCUGAAACCAGCUAGAUAUCGGAGGGGCUUCAUCCACAAAAACAUCAUGGUUCUUCCAAGACAGACCUGUGGCCUUUUCACUCACACAAUUUUCUACAAAGAAUAUCCAGGAGGCCCUAAAGAGCUGGACAAAAGUAUUCAAGGAGGUGAACUUUUCUUCACAGUCGUACUCAACCCAAUCAGUAUUUUCAUGACCCAUUUGUCCAACUAUGGGAACGACCGACUGGGAUUAUAUACAUUUGUUAAUCUGGCCAACUUUGUACAGACCUGGACCAACCUGCGUCUUAAGACUCUGCCUCCAGUGCAACUAGCUCAAAAGUAUUUUGAGCUGUUUCCUGAUCAGAAAGAUCCUCUCUGGCAGAAUCCAUGUGAUGACAAACGCCACAGAGACAUUUGGUCUAAAGAAAAAACCUGUGACCGCUUACCAAAAUUCUUGGUAAUAGGACCGCAGAAAACUGGUACCACUGCUUUGUAUUUGUUCCUGGUUAUGCAUCCUUCCAUCCUUAGUAACUCCCCCAGCCCAAAAACCUUUGAGGAGGUACAGUUCUUUAAUAGAAAUAACUACCACAGGGGGAUUGAUUGGUACAUGGAUUUCUUUCCAGUUCCAUCUAAUGUCACCACUGACUUUCUGUUUGAGAAGAGUGCAAAUUACUUUCACUCAGAGGAAGCUCCUAAAAGAGCUGCUUCCCUUGUCCCCAAAGCCAAGAUCAUCACCAUUCUCAUUGACCCAUCAGACCGAGCAUAUUCCUGGUAUCAGCAUCAGCGAUCACAUGAAGACCCUGCAGCUCUGAAGUUUAGCUUCUAUGAAGUCAUCUCUGCCAGGCCCCAUGCACCCUCAGAACUCAGAACCUUGCAAAAGAGAUGUUUGGUUCCCGGGUGGUAUGCCAGUCACAUCGAGAGAUGGCUUGUUUAUUUUCCCCCUUUUCAGUUGCUAAUUAUUGAUGGGCAGCAGCUAAGAACUGAUCCAGCUACAGUGAUGGAUGAAGUUCAGAAGUUUCUAGGAGUCUCUCCUCACUAUAAUUACUCAGAAGCUUUAACAUUUGAUUCUCAUAAGGGCUUCUGGUGUCAGUUACUGGAAGAAGGUAAAACAAAAUGCCUAGGAAAGAGUAAAGGAAGAAAAUACCCUCCAAUGGAUUCUGAUAGCAGAGCGUUUCUGUCAAGCUACUACAGAGAUCACAACGUGGAACUCUCAAAGCUGCUGCACAAACUGGGGCAGCCUCUGCCAUCCUGGCUGAGACAGGAGCUGCAGAAAGUCAGAUAGCACUGAGAAAAACUUCUUGAGAAUUCAUCUUCCAUGUAAUAACACACACCUUUUCCAAAGUUUCAAGAGCUACCAAAAGGCUAUCAAAAUAUAUACCUCUUCAAGCAAGAAAAAGAACAAAGUUCCUUCCAUGUGCUGGCAUGUGGAUGAUUAGGGAAAGAAAAAAAUACCUGUUAUAAGCCUUGAGUUCUGUGGCCCUCCUCGAAACCCAUACCUGAGCCUGUGGGAUUACUGUAGAUUACUGUGCACUCAUGUGGAAGUCAGUAGCAAUCAACCUGCAUAACAAAUACAAAUGCAAAAUGUUCAUUUCAUAGUAACAUUUACACUUUUGUAUAUCAACUAAGAUUGAGUCUGUACAUUUUUAGAUCACUGUUUUCCUGUACAUUUUCUUAUACUUUGAUUUUAUAACGUGUCCUACAAACAAGAACUAAAAUAAA